AGGGGACGGCGAGCGGGCGGGAGGCGGCAGGCAGCGCCGCGCCGCGCUGAGCCGAGCCGAGCGAAGGAGGGACGCGCCGGGCACGGCCGCCACCAGCCCUCCCCAAUCCUCCGUCAUCCUUCCCGCCGCGGCCGCCUGGCCCCCUGACAGCCGGCGGAGCAGCAGCCCCACACGGCCCCCUUCCCGUCAGGCACGACUGAACCAUGGAGCUUCGAGUGGGGAACAAAUACCGGCUGGGCAGAAAGAUUGGCAGCGGUUCGUUUGGAGACAUUUACCUAGGAGCCAAUAUUGCGACUGGUGAAGAGGUGGCCAUCAAACUGGAAUGUGUCAAAACCAAGCAUCCCCAGCUCCACAUUGAAAGCAAGUUCUACAAGAUGAUGCAGGGAGGAGUGGGCAUCCCCUCCAUUAAGUGGUGUGGAGCAGAGGGGGACUAUAAUGUGAUGGUGAUGGAGCUCUUGGGGCCCAGCCUGGAAGAUCUCUUCAACUUCUGUUCCCGCAAAUUUAGUCUCAAGACAGUUCUGCUCCUGGCAGACCAGAUGAUCAGCCGUAUUGAGUACAUUCAUUCGAAGAACUUCAUCCACCGGGAUGUGAAGCCAGACAACUUCCUUAUGGGCCUUGGCAAAAAAGGCAACCUAGUAUACAUCAUUGAUUUUGGUUUGGCCAAGAAGUACCGAGAUGCCCGGACCCACCAGCACAUCCCUUACCGGGAAAACAAGAAUCUGACUGGCACAGCUCGUUAUGCCUCUAUCAACACCCACCUGGGAAUCGAACAAAGUCGCCGUGAUGACCUGGAGAGCCUGGGCUACGUGCUUAUGUAUUUCAACCUGGGCUCGCUGCCCUGGCAGGGCCUCAAGGCUGCCACCAAGCGCCAAAAGUAUGAGAGGAUCAGCGAGAAAAAGAUGUCAACCCCCAUUGAGGUGCUCUGCAAAGGGUACCCUUCUGAGUUCUCGACAUACCUCAACUUCUGCCGCUCACUGAGGUUUGAUGAUAAACCUGACUACUCGUAUCUGCGGCAGCUCUUCCGCAACCUCUUUCACCGCCAAGGCUUCUCCUACGACUACGUCUUUGACUGGAACAUGCUUAAAUUUGGAGCAGCCCGGAACCCUGAGGAUAUGGAUCGGGAGCGGCGAGAGCACGAGCGAGAAGAGAGGAUGGGGCAACUCCGGGGAUCAGCCACACGAGCGCUGCCCCCCGGCCCGCCUGCUGGAGCCACUGCCAACCGUCUUCGCAAUGUCACUGAGCCCAUGGCCUCCACCCCCACCUCCCGAAUCCAACAGUCCGGAAACACAUCCCCCAGAGCAAUCUCAAGAGUGGACAGGGAGCGGAAGGUCAGCAUGAGGUUACACCGAGGAGCUCCUGCCAACGUCUCCUCAUCUGACCUCACAGGGCGGCAAGAAGUGUCACGGAUUUCAGCGUCACAGACAAGUGUGCCAUUUGAUCACCUUGGGAAGUGAGGAGCAAUUGCCACUGGACCAGUAUUUGCUUAGUGUCUUCACUGUAUUUUUCUUUUAAAAAACAAAAAACCCAAAAAACAAACAAAAAACUAAAAAAGACAAAAAAACAAACAAAAAAAAAAAACCCGA